AUGGCGAAGCCCCCAGGACCGCGGCGAGGAACCCAGGAACCCAGUGAGCACCCCAGGACCGCAGCGAGCAAACCCCAGCGAAGCCCCCAGGACUCCAGCGAUCAUUCCAGGACCACAGCGAGCACCCCAGAACCCCACGAGCACCCCAGGACCGCAGCAAAGCCCCAGAAACCCAGCGAGCACUCCAGGAUACCAGAGAGAACCCCAAAACCCAGUGAAGGUGCUGAGACCCCAUUGAAGGCCCCUGGACCCCAGAGAAGACCCCAAGAAACCAGUGUUAACCUAGACACUCCAGUGAAGACCCCGAGAGACCAGUGA